UUUAACUUGGAAUCAGGGUCAAACUGGGUAUAGCUAUCUCAGUCAAGUGAAUUAGCUAUUGGGUUCACUAGUUCCCCUCCUGAGGUUGAGGCAUAGUACAGUACAUAAAACGGCUAGGCCUAAUCCGGCUAGGUCAGGGAAGCUUCCAGUUCCCCAUAACCUGGCCAGAAGCCAAACCGCAUCAAAACCCGACAUCAACCAAAUCUACCAUCUACAGAGCACACCUGUCCUAGACACCACAAGCUCCCACUAUGGAUGAUAUACUCGCUCCCCUCCAAGAUCUCUUGGAGGCCCAAAUUGAUUUCCACGGCCAGCGCAUCGCUGAAUACCUCUGUACCGGCCUCCUCAGCAUCUUUGCUGCGAUCGCUUUCAUCGUCGGGUACACCUACGAAGAUGUACACUUGACCCUCUGGAUCGGGCUGGCGGGGACGCUCAUCACAGCGCUGGUCGUUGUGCCGCCCUGGCCGAUGUAUAAUAAACAUCCGGAACCAUGGUUGAUUGCUGGAUCUGGGGGUGUGGGAAGGGCAGGGAUUGUGGUGGAUGGGGGGAAGCGGUGACGGAUGGGUUUGCUUUAACGUAGGGGGAGGAACAAUGGGAGUUAGAAUGCGUGUAUUUGGAUUAUUUCUUAUUUUGUGUUUCUAAUAGUGAUACUCUAGAAAUGGAAUGGAAUGGGUUGGGUUUCUGUUUCCUUGGACUUCUUUUUUUGGUUCUGGUUUUCUUGAGGGACAUAGCGAUCGUAUACAUGGCAUCAAGGUGGAAGGAAGGGGGGUAAAGCGGAAGUGAUAGGGCGCGUAGAAAUGAAAUAACGCUCUACUUUCACUUUCGUUCUUCGGAAUUUAAGUGUAGUAAUCCCCAUGAACUUUCAAUAGAUAUGACAAAAAAAAAAAAAAAAAAAAG